AUGGAGUGCAGCAAAGAAAAUCUCAAGAAUUCUGAGGAAAAUGUCAUUUUAACAGUAGACUAUAAAGAAAAAGAAGAAGAUAUCGGGCAGCGCUCUUCAGAAGAAAACCUAAUUACCUGUAAUGUACAUCAAGGACUUAACUGUACAGACCCGUCAUAUAAUCCUCCUAAUCAUGAGGAACCUGCUCCUGACCAAUCACAGAUUGUUACCACAAUUAUUGGGCAGGAAGGGGGUAAAAGGUUUAAUUGUGGGGAAUGUGGAAAACACUUAAAAAACAGAUCCACUCUUAAUGUCCACAGAAAAAUUCACUUUGGAGAGAAAUUUUCAUGUCCAGAAUGUGGAAAAUGUUUUACAAAUAAAGCAAAUCUUAUUAGACAUGAGAGAAUUCACACAGGAGAGAAGCCAUUUGCAUGCUCAGUGUGUUCAAAAUGUUUUUCAAACAAACCCGGUCUCGUUAUACAUGAGAGAAGUCACACAGGAGAGAAGCCAUUUUCAUGUUCAGAAUGCGGGAAAGGUUUUAAAAGUAAAUCAGAACUUGCUGCCCAUCAGAGAAAACACACAGGAGAGAAGCCGUAUUCAUGUUCAGAAUGUGGGAAAUAUUAUGGAACAAAAUCCAUACUUAAAGAACAUCAGAGAAUUCACACUGGAGAGAAACCAUUUUCAUGUUCAAUAUGUGGGAGCCACUUUUUAUGUAAAUCAAGUCUUACUCAACAUGUGAGAACUCACAAAGUAAAGAAGCGAUUUGCAUGCUCAGUGUGUUCAAAAUGUUUUUCAAAUAAACCCGGUCUCGUUAUACAUGAGAGAAGUCACACAGGAGAGAAGCCAUUUUCAUGUUCAGAAUGCGGGAAAGGUUUUACAAAUAAAUCAGAUCUUGUUAAACAUCUGAGAUAUCACACAGGAGAGAAGCCGUAUCCAUGUUCAGAAUGCGGGAAAAGCUUUGUUACAAAAACCAAACUUAAAGAUCAUCAGAGACUUCACACAGGGGAGAAGCCAUAUUCGUGUUCAGUAUGUGGGAAAUGUUUUGCAGAGAAAUCAUAUCUUAGUAGACAUGAGGAGAUUCACAUAGAUCAAAUGUAAUUAUAUAUCAAGAAGGUCAAACUGUGCAACUGCAAGUGCUAUAAAGAUACAUGUGAAGAGUGAAGCCCUUUUCAUGUCCAGAAUGUAGAAAAUGUUUUACAAGUUAGUCAAUUCUUAAUGUAUAUCAGAGAUUUCAGACAGGAGAGAAGCUAUUUACAUGUUCAGAAUGUGGAAAAUAUUUUAGACAAAAGUCAAGUCUUGUUGCACAUGAGAAAAAUCACACGGGAGAUAAAUGAUUUUGAUGUUCUUUAGGUACUAUAUGUUCUACAACAUCAUAAAAUCAAAUUUUGAAACUUAUAUAGAGAAAAAAACACCCAAAUUUGAUUAACCUUAGGUCAACAGUGAUCAGGAUCAAUGGAGGAAAAGUAUUGUGGAUUUGAGGAAGAAAAUAAGAGCCUUGUUUACUGUAGAGCAGUGAAGAUGAAUUGUCACAAUGAACCUUGCUUCCUACUGUAUUCAUACCUCGACUCCAGGCUCGGACUCACCCACAGGGGAAUAGGUGAAUACCUCGGUGGUCCACUGACAAAGAUGGGCCCUCAGUAACCCAUUACAGCCUCUUAGUCAGCCUACAUCGAUACAACUCAGUGGUUAAGGUGACUUCUCGGUACAAAAAGAAGCCAUACAGUAUCAUUUUUCCCCAGGGACCCAACUUCUCAAAGUUUUUGCAGGAAUCGCCAUAAUGAAUCAUCUUGAGUGUCUUAUUGCUGCCUGCCGCUAUGUGAGUAGGUAAUAUUUGCAUGUAGCUGUACAGUGGGCUUCCAGAAUGAAUUUUACUGGUGGGCUCUAGGCACCCUUGUCUGACACUGUUCCACCCACACUGCAGGAGAAUUCAGAGGAACAUAGCAAAAAAGGAAGGACUUCCCUUAGAGACUUUUAGGUAACAUAGGUGGACAUAUUGAUAUUUUUAUAUUCAUUUGUACAGUAUAGAAAGAUAAAGGUGAUGGGGAAAAUAAUAACUUAAAUUUGUAAUAAUUUGUUACACAAAAUAUUCAUAGAUCUACCAAAUCCUUCUCUGCCUUGAAUACCCGGCGAUGUCCCUUUGGCAAAAUCAACCUACAGCAGGUGUUUAUUAAAGAGUCUUAUUCACAUACUAUAUGUGUAUUUUGGUCAGUAUGUAAUGUCCGUAUUUCUAACCCAAACUUAGGAGUAGGUCUAAAAUAUGGAAAACAUGACCAUAUCUUAAUUAAAUUCUACUUUGUCUCUGUUCUAUUCGCUUACAAAUAUCAUGUUACAAAUGUUACAAGCAACAGGGGUCUACAUCAUGUUCAUCUGGUUACUAAUUUUGUUUGAGCGUUUUCCUUGUAUCUAAAUCUGCGUUUGGUUUUUGUCUGUUGCGUUGUCCUGGCUGAUUUAAAUUUUUUUUUUUAAUUCAAAUAGAGUAAGUUCAAUAUUGCCCCUUUUCUGCUCACUAUCAUUCAUUCACUAUCUUCACAUGUGCCACACAUCUGCCACCCACUCCAUUGAUGGAUUAUCUCCUUCUGUGACCCACAGCAUUCAGUUCCUAUCCACCGGUGAUUUUGUUUCAGUUUCAUAUUUUUUGCCAGUGUUGAAACAUGUUUCAUUUGUGAUAUGUUUGCAACAGUCUGUUGGGCAGUUCAGCCCUUCUGGAUGUCCUUGGGGUAUGAGUACCAAGAUCUAUUGUUAUCUAUUGGACUGGCAAAGGUAAAGUCCAGUUCUGCAGUCUGUGUUGUUGCCAAUACAAGAUACUCACCAAAAGACACAGAUGUCAAUGAGGCCGUACUGUCUACUGGUCUCUUACAUGUGAGGUAUGGUUUCCUAUUCUUCCAUGAAGAAGCAUAACAUUCUUAUAAAGGCUAAGGAUUACUAGAGCGCACAAGGACUAAACAUUAAAGUAUAAAGCUUUAAUACAAAAACUGUAUAAUUGUGUUACUAUCCACACAGCAGGGAUUUUACAUGAGCCGGUCCUGACACAAUCAUCUCCCAUCAACCUGCUCUGUACAUUAUAACAUUGUUGUGAUCAUAGAUACACUAACAGCUCAGCUUCAUAUGAUUCGGUCAUGUAACCAGUGGUACGGCCACUUCUCCAAAGUCUCCCAAGAGACAUUUUUUAAUAACUGUGCCAGGCUGCAUAUUUCUUAUGCUACUGUGAGCAGGAUGUGUGUAAAUGUGCUACCAUGGCCGCAGUGUCUCCAGACUUGUCUCCCAUCAAGCACUUCUGGGAAAUGGGUUGGAAAUUGCAAAUGGAGCUGCCAUCAGCUGAUUUUGAUGAUUUGCGUGCCCAAGUGCAUUCAGCAUGGUAGAACAUUCCUCAGACCACCAUUAAUAACCUCUUUGAUGGCAUGCCAAGACGUGUAAGUGUGUGUAUAUCUGCACAUGGCACUUAUACCCCAUACUGGACAAAUUGAGAUGUUUUGAAUGUGUUGCAUAUUAUUUAUAUGUCUAUCGAUCCAUGUCUUUUCAUUCUUGAUGUUGAAAUGUCAAUGUUGAAGAGUUUAAAUACUUUAAAAACCUUUUGUGACUUUUCAAAUAAAAACAUCUUGAAAUUCCAGUUUUCUUGGCCGAGUGUUGAAGGAGGUCAACUUUUCUUUUUGUCAAUUAAUCAGACCCAAGUAUGUACUUGAAUAACAUGUAUUGAUUGUUAAGAUAUGAUUGAGAAUCUUGUAUCAUAAGUGCAUCUUUCUUUAUGUCACAUCAAUCCAUAUAUGUUGCUUAAUUCUUUAAAAAUGAAAAAUAAAGAAUUUAUA